AGCGAGGAAUAACAUCGGGAUGUGGAAAAUGGUCAUUCAGUGAGUGAUUGACAGGAGUGAUGAAACAAUUUAAACGAUGAGAUAAAAUUAACAUAUCUUCCUCUCGGUUUUAAUGAAUUCCGGGCAUUGACACCACUAUUUCUUCCUAGUAACAGAUGAGCACAAUGUUUUCGAGGCUGAUUAGUUCGUUAUUAAUGUCGAAUAAAUAAAUAUUCGGUGCACAAGGUAAAUAUUUUCUGGUAGAAGUAGAAUUUUAUUGAGUUAUCGUCGAAGUAUGCAAGAGAGUGGACUCGUCUUAUCUCAGUACGAAGAAAUUAAUUCGUUGCUGUACAAACCGAUAAUUGCCACCCAGAGAAUCAAAUACACGUGCAUCAAUGUCUCGACGAGUCAUAUUGUCCUUGGGUCCACGAGUGGUAGUCUGUUCUUAUUCACCAGAGAGCCAUGUACUUUUCAACAAGUGAUACCACUAUCGGAAGGCCCAGUGACCCACGUGCAGAUAUCCCCAGACGAGAAAACAGUCGCCUUGUCCACAAAACGAGGGAGUGUUUGCAUUGUGAGUCUAAAGCCUUCAGCAAAACUCAUUUCAAUUUCAAAUGAACACCUCCGAGAGACAGUAACAUCCCUCUGCUGGAAUUCAAAAAGCUCAGAGAUCUACGUGGGGGACAAUAAAGGGAAGAUCUCGACGAUUGUCCUCUCGAUAUUUACAGUGAAUGGUAUGUUCCAAGCCCCUUCAUGUGCCCUCAUGCACCUGGACUCGAGCAUUGUCCAAUUGGAUUACAAUCUGCACUACCUCCUCGUCUCGACCCUCACACGGUGCUACGUAUGUGACACAUCCCAGGAGCAAUUCAAGCAGAUUGGAAAUAAAGCGAGGGACGGAGUCUUCGGUGCUUGUUUCAUGAAAAAAUCCCCAAUAGAACUCGAGAAAAAUUCAUCAACAGAUGAGGACAAAAAUGUGCGCAAAGUCAGUCUGAAUUCUAUAAUAGGUCCAACUGAUGAAGAAAGUGUUUUGAUCUAUUCAGCAAGACCAGGGCUCAGACUCUGGGAGGUAAAUCUGAAUGGAACAGUCCUGAAGACUCAUCAAUUUAAAGACGCCCUGGCAGUUCCUCCCUCCGAAAUUUUCAAAUCAUCUCUCAUUAAAUCAAUUUCCACUGAUGUAGACAAUGAGCAACAUGACCACAUCCCUCAAAUCAUCAAUUUCUCUCAUUUAUUCGUUGUAAGCAGAAGGUACUUGCUCUCUCACACAAAUAAUUCCCUCUGCAUAAUCGACCCCACGAAUGCAGCAGUUGUACUGUGGACUGAUAAAUUAGAUACAAUAGCUAUGGCACAAGUUGUUGAUGAUAAAAUUUACUUAAUGAAUACUAAUGGCACUUUCCAGUGUUUAAUGCUCUCUUCCAUCGAUUACCUCAUCAUCAAACUUUUUGAAACAAAACUUUACCAUGAUUGUUACAACGCCUGCAUGACAUUCAGAAGUGAUUUACUGAAAUUAAUCGAGAGUAAUAAUUCAGUGAUGCUGGAGGAUUUUAAUGAUUGCAGCAAUGAAUUGGUGACUGUACUUCAGCCAAUAAUAUCAGUGAUACAGUCGAAUUAUAAUACUCAACCAAAGAGAUUGAAUAGUGGAAUUGUUGUUGUUAAUUCUGGUCAUUCUAUUGCUUCGAGAAAUAAUGGAAGAUACGAGAAGGAUCAGGAUUCAUCUUCAGACUCUGAGAUUGUGUGUAGGAGUGUAAUAAAGCCUAUGAGAAAAUUAGAGAAUAAAAACACUGACGAGAUGAAUAUUAAAGGAGAUCUCACAGAGCUUGGUGAGGGCUUUGCUGAACUGAAAAUGAGCAAAAAUGGUGAAGAUUCAAUGGAAAUAAACGGAGGUGAAGAAGGAUCGUCUAUUCCUCGGAGGAAGGAGAUAGAGUCAGCAACAGCGGGCAUUCAAUCAGAUAUUCAACCACUUUAUACACUAAUAAGUACCUUAAAGUCUUCGAUGACUCUAGAGGACCUAGAAGAUACGAUUUUUAGAAUUGUUAAGAGUAUACAAGAGAUUAAUUUCAAAUACGAGGACAUAGUCGAGUUGAAGAUAUUUCUUUAUGAGGUUGUGAGAUCCAUUGAGAGGCUCUACUUCCAUGCACUCCUGGAGAACAUUUCUCCGGAGGUGUUGAUGCGACGGGAAGGGUCUGAUAACAGUUAUGUAGUGGAGGAAGUUCUCAGGGCAUUUGUAGAUUUGAAUGGCUCUGAUUACAGCGAGUGCACCUGCGGAUUUCCCAUGUUUAGGGGAUCCUCGGAGUCAAAAUUUGGGGACAUUGGUCAGCUCUUGGUGAAAAGAUUCAGCGAGGAGAGUGAAGAUAAUUGUGUAAAACUGUGCAAGAGUGUACCUUAUCUAUGGAGGAAUUAUCUCAGGAUUUGCAUUGAUAGGGGAGAGCGAAUAGAUCAUCUUCUUCGUUUGUGCCUUCAGACUAGAGACAAUACUGUACUUUCGAUUAUUCUUCCAUUAGUUGAGGAUAAUUCCUGGGAUAUUGUCGCUGAUUGCGACGACAGGAUGAGGACUGGGAGGUGUAUUUCAUGUGGAAGGGAUGAAGGAAACCAUGAGGAGAGGAUUGACUGGAGUGGAGUAGCUCAUGAGAUACUCAAGAGGGAGGGAAUUCAUGCCACCAUGAAAUUCCUCACUGAUGCUGAGAAGAAGCUGCCUAGAAUUAAAUUAAAAGAAAGUAUUUUUCAGUCACUUAUAUGUACGAAACUAUUGAGUCGUCAUGGAUUUGAGCAGGUGGUUGAGUUCAACAGGAGUGGAGAGGGUGGCAAGGAGUACAGCUCAAUUUGUUCGAAAGAGGCUAGAGAAAAUCUCGCAGAUGCCUUAGAGAAAGAUCUCGAUAGGCCAGUAAAUAAUCGUGUAUUCGGCAGUGGAGCACACCAUUGGGGCAUGAUAUACAAAACAAAAUCAUCAGUGUGUCCCUGCUGUACUCUCUCACUACAAACUCCAGUUUUACUAGGAAACAAUGGUAUAUCGAUAUUUCCAUGUGGCCAUGCCUAUCACGUCAACUGUCUCAUACAAAAAAAAAUAACAAAAUGUUACCUUCACUCAUUAGAGUAAUAGAGAAAAAUAUAUUGUAAAAUUAUCAGAGUCAUUAAUACUGUUUAUCUCUCACUGCAUUAUUCGAAUUAAAAUACAGCUCAAAUUAUUGAACCAAAAUCACAGAUAUAUAUUAAUGAAAGUUUAAAUAAGUUAAUUAUAACUGACUCGUUUAUUACUAAUAACUGACAGUACAACAAUCUGUCGAUUUUGAAUAGAUGUGAGGAACAGGUGUUGAGAUUUAAUGAAAAUUUCUAGUACAAUAUUGUCUGUGCCAAAUUACCUCUCAGUCGAGAAUCAUUGGUAAUUGAAUCAAUAAAUAAUUUAACAUCAAUUGUAAAUGACUUUAAAACGAUAUUAAUCGAUAGUUGAUCGAGUAUGGCCUAAAUAUAACUGAGUAGGUGAUUAGAAUCACUCGAA